AUGGUGACGUCACUCCGACGCCUGUCGCAGUCUUCCAUGGACCUCGAGGACGAGGACUCUCUCACGGAACCGUUUCGAAGAUUCCGUCCGACGAGCCGAACCUCUACGUGCUUACCGACGGCAACACAGCACGAGGCGAGGGCAAUACGGAACCUCACGGCCGAAUUCCUACGGACCGGCAGUGCAGUCGAUGCCCCGAGGAUUGGUCGCCCAUCGACACCGGUGGAAGUCGUCGCUGAGGUCCUCAGGGUGACAAAGGAAAUUGCCGAGACCGAUCGGUUUGGAGCCUCCAGCUGUGGCGAAGUCUCACAGAAAACGGGAAUCCCUGAAACCGCGGUCUCUCACAUUCGACCCCAUCGACCCGAAGCGGAAUGCGGUGUUGGACAUUCGCGCCCUUCCUCGCCCUCGGUUUCAUCGCGGCGGAGACGAAAGCGACACGGCGUCGAAAUUGGAGCCAGGGAGAACUGGCGAGUGAGUCGUCGCGAGACGGAUGUCGAGGAGGCGCCAGAAGGAGGAAUUCUCAACGACUAUGGGGAAUACAUCUUCGAAAGCGGGGAUGACAUCAGGCUCUUCUGCACUCUGACGGAAGCUGGGUUUUCCGAAGGAUACAAGAUCUCUGACCUCAGAUUCGAGACAUCCUCUGGUGACGUCAUGAAACCAAACUCUGCGUGGAAUGAGACGACGGUGUCUUUACUCGUCGCUGAUACGACCGUGAAUGAUUCCGGUCGGUUCGAAUGCGGGAAGUCCUCCGACAACGAGAACGUUCUAAUGUUUGACUCCGUAACUUUGAAAAUCGGGUUACCACCGCUGGAGCCGAAGUCUUGGCGUUGUUGGUGGAAGCUGCUGGAGCCGCUUCAUUGCAGUUGGUCAAAACCAGAGAAUCCCGUCGUGACUCGGUACUUUUUCUUCGUCCAGACCGGGUACCGGUCGACGAGGAUCGAUUGCCUGCAGGCGGACAAUUAUAUAUCGGAAUGCGAUAUGGAGGCAGGACUCAUUCCUCAUCCACCCGGCGAGACAGAAGUGAAUAUGACUGUGGAAGGCCAGAAUCUACUCGAUAAUCGAACCUUCACUUAUCCCUUUGAUUACUAUCGGAACAUUUGGAUUGAGGAAUUGGAGAACGUGACCGUGAAGGCAGUGGACGCGGAGACACUGGACGUCACCUGGGAUCUCCCAGGUGGCUUAGAGGAGUACAACAUCUCCAUCGUCCAUAACAUCCGAUGGGCCCCCAAAUCCUGGGACGAGUAUCUUCAUUUCGUCAAAGAGACGAAUUACACGAUCCCAGGAGCUUCGAAACGGAAUUCCUGGAAUUAUACAUUGAUCGACCUCUUGCCGAAUACCAACUACGAUGUCAGGAUGAAGGCCAUUGCGGCAGGAUCAGAAUAUCCGGAUCUCUGGUCCAUUACUUCUGAGGCCGAAAACGAAACCAUGCACAAAGCGCCAGACAGGAGCCCAGACGUGCCGACGGGGAGCUUCCAUGUCGAGCGGAUUGAUGAUGACUUGAGCCAUGUCUACCUUUACUGGAUCCCUCUCCACGACUGGGAGCAUUUCUCAGACAACUUCACCUAUCUGGUAAAAGGAGAGGAAUUGCCGACGGGGACCGAAUUCCAUCCGACGUCCGUGACGAACACGUCCGCCACGUUCGGGAACCUCAGCACCGUGUCGCCCUACCGGUUCUCCAUCUUUUCCAGCAACGAAAUUGGGAUGUCUCCGCGGCCUUCCGUCAUCGAAGUCGAAGCGGAAACGAACCGUGAGAGUCCCGCGGGAUCCAUUCUUCGAAGAUUCGACAUAAUUUUAACGCAGGCAACUGAAACCGGGCAUUCCAAAAAUCCGACAAUAGGUAUCCCAUGCCCAACGACAAAGGCACCACGCCACACGAACGAGGGGAAUUAUAUAUUGGAAUGGGAAGCACUCGAAGACGAGAGGACCACGAAUUUCACCGUGUUUUGGUGCCGCUCUCCCCCCGAGUGGCCCAGCUGUGAGACGGACAUCAACUGGGAUGUUUCGGAAAACAACGUUUUCGAGCUGAAUUCAACAGAACCCCUUAAGUUCGCUGUCUCGGCCAACGGAGAGUUCGGGCACAGUGGAAUGGGCUGGAAGGAGGCCGAAUUAAACCAAGAAUCAGAGGAUUUCACAGUGAUUGUGACGGUGGUCAGUGCCGUUGUCGCUGUGGUCCUGGUCGUAUCGGCUGUAGUGAAUCCAAAGGGGCAACGAAAUCAAGCCUUCCUACCUGACACUGACAGUGCUAGUGUGUAUCAGGCCAUCGCUGUGAGUCACUUCCUAUUAUAUGGAAGUUACACACGUAUGUACUCGUACAAAAUCCUUAUGCGACUCUUCAAGGCAGUACACAACCGCAGGAGAAAGGAGAGUUUGCCAAGACCGUAUUCCCAGUCUUAAUUAGGACGAAGUCAUUAGGGGACCUGGUGAACGAUGAAUCCACAACUUAUUUGAUGCAGUCCCACAGGCGCACAAAAUCGGAGACCAUGGCAGUCCCUAAGGAAUAUUCGAGGCAGGCACUCACACAGAGCACGAAUACAAGAAUCAUUGCAGAAAGUGCAUUGGGAUACCUUCAAGUUGGAAUCUUACAGGAUUCUAAACCAGCCAUGAAGGACUCCACUUUCAGAAAUGCCAGAGUCAAGACAAAUGGCCCAGUUCAAGUAGGCAAGAUACUGCAAUUUCCACAGGAAGAUUCUGGAUAUUAUAUUGCUUGCGAACGGGAUAAAAGCGAAGAACUGAACCAAUAUGUUAACAUUCACCAUGAAGAUGAAGAAGCAUGUGACAAAUUUGAAGAUGACAGCUUGGUACUCGACAGCGAUGAUGAUGCAUCUCUUUC